CCAGCUUUGCUCCUCCACUUGUGUAUGGUUAUAUCCAUUCAGGUUGCAUGAAUGAAGCCCGAUGUGAGCAAUUUCCCCCUUAGGUAUACUCAAACUCACAGUUCCUCUACCCAAGGUUGGAAGAAUAAUAAUAUGUCCUUUUUAUAAAACAAAUAAAAAAAUAUAUAGCCUAGGAGAUUUAUGGGAGAUCAUACGUUCCCAUCUGAUCCUACAAGUAAUUGCAGAAUUCUGAGGAAAGAAACAACGAGGCCAAGCCAGAGAAUGCCUCAACCUCAACUUCUGAACUCAGAAAUACUCAAAACAGUCCCCACCGUUUCUCUACUCCAUGGAGGGCGUUCACGAGCAAGUGCAGAAUGAAUGAAGAGACUGCUCCACAAAAUCCACUUUUCUCGGGAUAGGCUUUGUUGUCUCGAAAGUGGGAGGGCAAGAGGAUGGCCAGGUAACACAUGAUGACGCAAUAAUGGCUUGUGACGUCACGACCACCUGGGUCUAUAAAAAGGCGCGUCAGUGUACUACUUUCACAAUUCGUCUUGAUCUUCCUCAGCAGCAAGCCAACCGUGACCUUCCGCCUACAAUAUGUCUGCGAAAAUGACCAGUCAGAUCGCCUUGGAGGGGAAUAUGGAGCCCAAUCCAUCGGGCUUGCAAUGUUCCCUGGCCUUCAAAUCCGAGGGCGGAAAGCAUGGAGUGCGUGACAUUCUGCAGCUUCACACAAGCCCCAAAGAGCUUGGUGACCAAGAGAAGCCGUUAUCCUCCAUGCAGGCUGCAGACAGGAUCCAUCACCUGUUAUCAUCUCUUGUCCUUGAUCCACUGGUGGAAUCCUUGGUGGAUCAGAUAACAACGGAUAUGAGCAUUAACAGGUCACAAAGCAGCAGCGCCCAAGGGACGCAGGGGAGGGAGCUCGUUGAGGAGGGCAACUUGGAGCUCUCUUUUGACUUAGCAGAGAAGAUAGUGAAGGAUCUCCUCAUGCAGUGUCUGAGGAUCCCCCUCCCUUCGUCAGGGCCAGCUGAUAAAACAUCCGAGGGUCACGGAGGAGAGAUGGCCGCCAACAUCGUGUCAACAGAGGCCAUCAAGAGAGAGUCGGCUAACACCAGCGACUCUGCUGUGGAAGACAGCACCACGAGCAAGGCCGGAAAUGGCAUAUCAAACUUCUUCAGAAGAACGAUCAGCAAAUGGCGGAAAAAAACAUGUAAGGUGGGCCCAGCUCAGACAUGAGCGCCUUCAGAUAAGUAAAUAUCUGCUCUACAGUUGAGACUUGAGCUCCUGUAGCACCUUGGAAAUCUGCCCGAACAGCUGAGACAUGCGCUCCUGUAGAGUUUUACAAAUGUGCUCUACAGUCGAGACAUGCGUUCCUGGAGAACUUCAGAAAUGGGCCUAAUUGAGACAUGCGCUCUUGUAGAGUGUUAUAAAUCUGCUCUACAGUCGAGACAUGAGCUCCUGUAAAACUUCAGAAAUUGCCCUAAUUGAGACCGGCACUCCUGGAGAACUUCAGAAGUGGGCCCAAUUGAGACAUGCGCUCUCGUAGAACUUUAUAAAUCUGCUCUACGAUCGAGAUAUGAGCUCCUGGAGAACUUGAAAAUGUUUGAAAUGAUGUUCGUGGGUGCACACUGAAUAAAAAACCUCCAAGUAA